CCAUCCCAUCCCAUCCCAUCGAAGGACAGGAAGAUGGACGGUGCAACAGGGCAAGGCAGCCAUCAUUUGACUGACUCCAUUCCCAGCAUCGCCUCAAAUCGCAUCUCAUCGCAUCUCGUUUCAACAUCACAUCACAUCACUUCACUUCAUUUCACUUCACAUCAUCCUCAGCAAAAGCCCGUUUCCCCUCAGUUUGGUGCUUGCAGUCCCCUCGCCGGUUUGACAUGAGGCCCUUUCCCACUUCUCUCACCACGUUUCCAUCUCGCAACACGUAGGUAUCUUGGAAUCAAGCAAGCGCCAACCCCUCUUUUGACGACUGUAAAGCGCCAUGGAGUCGCUUUUUAGCUUACCGCUGCCCUUUCAGCGGCGGCUGACGAAGAUGUAUACCGAUACCAAAAGCUCGUAUGAUUUCGUCAAAGAGCCUGUGCAGAGCGCAGAGGAUCCUGAGCUGAUGUCCUUGCACCGCAAGUUGCGUAUACAGAAGGACCGCCUGGUUUCCUGGGGCUUGGAAUGGUCGGAUCCAACGCAAUCACCUGAUAUUGACGAAUCUAUCAACAAGGCUGGCCUCAGUGAGCUUGUAGGAAGCGUUAUGUCGACGAUCAAGGAGAUUCUGGCCGAGGCCGAGCCGUUAUGGCAAUCGUCAAAGCAAAGGUCGUCUGAUGAGAAAGGCCCCACAUCCGAGAAAUCCAUCGACCGGAAACCGUCCUUGAUCGUCUGGGAUAAGUCAAGAUUUCAAGACUUGGUCCGAGAUUUGACUAUGUCAAUCGAUACUCUGUAUGAUCUUUCCAGAACGAGACAAUCGCCUCGCAAACCACCGUUGAAGACUGAAGAUUCUUCUGGUUCCCUCCAAGCGAAAAGCCCAGCAGCCGAGGAGAAGAUGUUCGAGUCUACUCGAAUGCAAACACCUCAACAAAUAGAUCCAAAGUUCCUCAUCUGGCCUCGAGAUCUCCAAAAAAUCCAGUCCGGUACGUUACCACCAGCCAAAUCCCGUAGACAAAUCGUCUUUAUGCGUCGUCCGACUGUCACUCCCGAGCAUCGAAAAUACGGCGCUUCAACUCCAAUUGUCCCGGUACUUCUCGAAUAUGCGCCUUAUGAUCCCAUAUAUUCCAUUACUGGCAUCACCCCAUCCAUGACUCGGUUUGAGAAACUCUUUGCGGCGCUCUCUCAAGCCUAUCUUUCAUCGGAGCGUAUCCUGUCAGGGCUGCUAUCCCUGAUUGGAUAUUUCGAAGAGCCGGAUCACUCCAGAUUUUGUCUACUGUACGCCUUGCCAGCCAACUUUGGACCGGUGGAUAUUGAGAAUCCAAAGAUGCCUACUAUAAGCUUCUUGUCGGAUCUACUUUUCAGUCGAAACUACGAGCCGAGCCUUGAGGUCAAGUACCGGCUCGCUUACAAUAUUUCCAAUGCCGUCUUCGAUUUGCACGCAAAAGGGGUAGUGCAUGGGAAUAUUGUCUCUUCCAACGUUUUAUUUUUUGAGCAUCAAUCCAAGGGCCGUUUCGAUUUCACCAACGUCAACAUGAGACAAUCAUAUCUCACCUCCUGCGACCUCUUCUCCGAUAACGCAACGGAUAGCUCCAAUUCCCUGACAGAUCCACGUACCACCUUGUAUCGCCACCCACUUGAUCCUCGAACUACCCGCUACACGCGGCUUACCUCAGAGAGUAAGUCUUUGGACCUCUACGGAUUGGCUGUUCUUCUCUUGGAAAUCGGCCUGUGGACUUCCCUUCCUGAAAUUUUCCCCACCGUGUCCGCCGUCCCUGACAACCCAGCCGGGACGUUCCGAAAACUUGCUGCAAGGUGCGGUAGCCUCUAUGUCAAGGCUGUUCAAGCUUGUUGGGGCGCUCCUCAAGAUGAGCUGUCUCAAAGGGCAAGACCCGAUGUCAUGCAUCAGAAAGUCCUCUGGAAAGUUUCCAAAGCCCUUGACACUUGUUGUGCAAUAGAUGAGAGCUCAGAUGAAUCCAAUGAAGAUAGCGAUGACUCUUUGCUCGAGCUGUCGGCCCAAAUCAAACCUUCCAGGUCUAUUACGCCUCAAAGAAGGAUGAUCAAUGAUAGCAAGCCGCCUGCCAUUACCCUCGUUUCAAGCCCUCCAAGUGCACCUCCACCACGCCGCUCUGAGAAGUCAGCAUACGAAAAAGCAUCGACAUCCUUCAAUGAGAGGUCACCUUGGCCAGAGAACCCUUUACAGAUGGUUCCUACAUCUGUGGUCGAAAAGCCCAAGCCGAAACUGCGCACAUAUCCAUCUAUCAGAAUCAGUCAAGAACAGCUAGACUUCUGGCAUACUGGGCUGAUGCCGCAUAUAAAUCAUGUGCUCCGCAACUUCUACAAAAAGUACCCUGAGUCUGUCGAGAUCAGCUUGGAGAGCAUUGGGGAGUCGCCGACGACAAGCAAGCCUACCAUAUUGGUUAUUUGCACAAGUGUCAAUAAAGUGCGAAGCAUUCUCAAGAAAUCUUUGGUAUAUGACAAGUCAACAUACGGACUGAAAGUCUGCCGAGGAAAGGUUGUCCGUUCGCGUAAGCAUGGGCCAAAACGAUCGAUGGCUGGUGAGUUUGGAAAUACGAAGGCUGCAAAUGGAGAUCACCAAGAUCGUCCGAUGAACGGCGCGUCUAUUGGAGCUUAUGUAGGAGAACGCCAUCUUCCUCCAGUCUCGUUUGGUGGACUUAUCAUGGUCGAUAACAAGCCAUACGGAAUGACGGUCCAUCACAUGCUUGACGAUCCUUCGGACGGUGAAGAAGACGAGGAGGAGGUACAAGCACCGAUUCACCGAUCCAGUGCCUAUUCCAGUGAACUACCAGAUCUUACUCUCUCCGAGUCCUCAGUCUUCGAUAGCGGUGACGAAGAGUACAUGUACACGUUGUCAGACUACGAAUCCGAUUUCUCAGAACGCGAGCAGGACUCCGGUGAUGAAAUGGAAGAAGAAGACUUCGACGACACCACCAGCGACGAUUAUAUGGAACCCGGCGACAUCAAAGGAAUUCCCCAAGGUUGUGGUGAAGAAUAUCUCAUCACUCAACCUGCUAUCGACGAUGUCUCUGAAGACUUCUUUCCUAACGAAGAAACUCGCGACGAAGAUCACCUCGACAGCUUCCAGCUUGGCGAAGUCUACGCCUCAUCCGGUAUCCGCCGCCGCAUUGAGAAUGGUACCGUCCACGAAAUAGAUUGGGCUCUGUUCGAAUUUAGCGAGGAGCGCUGCCCUAUAGAGAACCACAUCAAGAACGGCGACCGCUUCUGUCAUUGCAAACCGACUGAGUACCCCAGAGCAGUCGCUCCAGUCAAAGAUCUCAGUAACCUAGAAGUUCACUGUAUGGCUCGCACGUCUGGCCUACAAAGCGGCCGCAUCCUCCCAGGUAUGGUAAUCGUCAAGAUAUUCGGCCGUCAAACACCAUCAUCUAGCUACCAGGUUGCUGGUAAAAUGCUCGGCAUACCAGGUGAUUCUGGUGCUUGGGUUGUCGAUAAUAAGGACGGUCGAGCAUGUGGUCAUGUACUUGCUUGGAGCUCCAAGAAGCACGUCGCUUAUAUAUGCCCCAUGGACGUCCUCAUACGUGAUAUCGGCGAGACUCUGAACGCCUCAAGCAUCUCCCUUCCUGGUGGCGCAGAACUUUAUUCAAAGACGGUGUCCAGUGAUCCUGUCUCGGCCCUUAUCACAUCAGCUGAACCAGGCUUACCCAUUCAGACCGAAAACGACGGGAAACACGAUAGCAUCAGCAUCAACGCAGACAUCAAUUCAGAAGAAAUCACACAAUUGCUCAGAGAACUCAAACUCCCACCGACACCAGAACAGAUCGAUGGGAUCAAUCCUUUGUCACUUAAAAGCUUCAGCCAGGAAGAUUUACAAGAUGUAGUGAAUGACAGGGAGAGAGAGCAAAGUAAGGAAUACUCACCAUUCCAGCUUCUCGGGAGGACGGGAUGCACGCAUAGACCUGCACGUCAUUUCCAACAACAGAGUGUUGGAUUUGUGAAAGGCCCAGGUAUGGAUGGUGGAUGGAGGAGCUUGAGGGUCGAUAAGCAGGAGAUUCAAGAUUGUGGUGUGGAGGCUGAUGCAGACCUUGACGGUGGCGUUGGGAGGGUUUAAUGUUUGAAAUUUUGUGAUUAGCUCGAUGACUAAAAGGUUAGCUGGUACCUGAUACCCGGAUUUGGCGCUGACGAAAGUCGGAUGGUGAUCUCCUCGUGUAGCUUGUCAUGCCCGCUUAUCUGAAAUUUGAUUGGGAUGCAGUUUACGAGUUAGCUCAAAUUGUUGUGAAAGUCACAACGAAUCCGAACAGUUGUUUAGCGAUUAAUAACUCAAAUGCUGUAAUUUACUCCACUUUCAACCAGCCAUACUUUUUUACCUUAGCAACUGAGGAAACACUCUGACUUAAAAGUACAGCGCUGCAAAGCCCACUGAAUAUUUCACUCGGCUGUUUAUCUCGGUACGUCAAGAUUGUGGAGACUGAUGUCUGAUUGCGCAAGGGUAAAUACCAAAUGGCGACGACAGUGAUAGAUUACGAUCUUGGCACAGGUUAGCCCUGCUUCAACGUAGAAUAGCUUGUAGAGUACCAGAAUAACUUGUAGAGUAGCAGACGAGACCGUUCCAGGCAAAAGUAUAAUGUUUUAGACAA